GUAACGGGUUAAUCCGACCUUUUUCCAUAGAUGCAAUAACACAAGAGCAGAAUAGAGUGCUCUGUGCUUCGUUUACGAUUCUUGUUUCACUUUUGCAGUUUGCUGAGGAAUUUGGCAGGUGGCUCUAUUAUCAUAAUACGCCUAAGGAGGCGAACGACUUCUCCUCGAUUUGAGGCACAAUGGAAAAUUUUGAUCAUCGAUUUCAACGAACUGAUCAGUGGAAGCCUGUCUAUUCCUGGUUAGAGACUUUAGACACAGAUGAGGUGGUUAAAUCAAAAGAAAUUAUAGACUGGCUUACUGAGAAUUCUGAUGUGAGAGAACAAUUAAAUUCAAGGCAUUCCCGUUACCAUUUGAUGCAUUACAUUAAAAAAUGCCACAUGAAAAUUCUGAAGAGAAAGGAGAAGAAGAAGGGACCAGGAUUCACCAAAAAUGUGUCUGUGUCAGAAGUCAAGAAAAGUGAAGGUGUGAAGAAAUUUGUUCCAGUUCAAACUGCAGACUAUAAUUUGAGCACUGCCGUACCUAAGGACACUGAACUCUAUAAAGCAAAGCAAACAGAAGCUUUGCAGAAAUACGAGAUUCUAGUGGAGUUGGAGAAACAACUUUCGAUGCACUUGCCAAAGCCUGGAAACAUAGGCAAUAGAGGAAACUGACCACUGCAUGGAUUUCAAGUUGAUUUUGCAUCAUCGAUUAUUUUAAAUGCAGAAUGAUGCAGUUUUGCAGUGUAUAUAAUUUCACGUUCAGUUUUGCUGGUCCGAAUGCUUUGUUUCAUAAAUUCUGCAAAAUCUCUACGAUUGGCAUAUAGAAACUAAUUCCUUUUGUAAUUGUUGGCUUUUGCUCCCCGUUCUCCCCCACUCUCGAUGCUCCUGUCCUUGUGAAAUAUCCUCGACUCUAUCUAUGGUAAUGUAAGAAGUAAAUUUAUCUUCAAUUAGCAAAUAGUUUAUAUGUAAUUCUCAUUUGUAUAAAA